AGUUACAUCAUAUGCCACAAGCAAAGAGAGAGAGAGAGAGAGAGAGAGAAUAGCAGUGAAAGUGGGCUAAGUUGUGUGCAAUGGAGGUUGAGAGAGUUCAAGCUAUUGCUUCCUUAUCUCUCACCACUGAUACCAUCCCAGCAGAGUUCAUAAGGCCCGAGAAAGAACAGCCUGCUAUCACUACAUUCCGGGGACCGGUCCCGGAAAUCCCAACCAUUGAUCUUAGUGACCCAGAUCAAGAAAACCUGGUCCGUUCCAUUGUUAAUGCUAGCAAGGAAUGGGGGAUAUUCCAAGUUGUCAACCAUGGUGUACCCACUGAUGUUAUAACCAAGUUACAAGCUGUUGGGAAAGAGUUCUUUGAACUCCCACCAGAAGAGAAAGAAGUAUAUGCUAAGAUCCCUGGCUCUCAGAGCAUAGAAGGCUAUGGAACCCAACUCCAGAAAGAUAUUGAUGGAAAAAAACCUUGGGUGGAUCAUCUUUUCCAUAAGAUCUGGCCUCCUUCCACCAUCAACUACCGGUUCUGGCCCAAGAACCCACCUUCUUACAGAGAUGCGAAUGAAGUGUAUGCAAAAUAUAUACGUGAAGUGGCAGAUAAGUUGUUCACAAGUCUCUCGUUAGGGUUAGGGGUUGAAGGUCAUGCACUAAAAGAAGGAGCGGGUGGAGAGGACAUAGUUUAUAUGCUGAAAAUAAAUUAUUACCCUCCAUGUCCUCGACCUGACCUAGCACUUGGAGUAGUGGCCCACACUGAUUUUUGCUCCCUCACCAUUCUUGUGCCUAAUGAAGUUCCUGGACUCCAAGUUCUCAAAGAUGACCAUUGGAUCGAUGCAAAGUACAUACCUAAUGCCUUGAUUGUUCACAUCGGUGACCAGAUUGAGAUUCUCAGCAAUGGAGUAUACAGGAGUGUGCUGCACAGGAGCACAGUGGAUAAAGGGAAGGCUAGAAUGUCGUGGCCAGUAUUCUUGGAGCCACCGGGAGAGUUUGUAGUGGGACCUCUACCCCAACUUGUUAACGAAGAGAACCCACCCAAGUACAAGGCCAAGAAGUUCAAAGACUAUGCUUAUUGUAAACUUAACAAGCUUCCUCAGUAAUUAAAGUAGCCUGGGAUCAUGAGAAAUUAUUGCAUUAAUAAGGCACUGUGGUGCUUACCUUAAAGCUACUCCGGGUGCAUGUAAAAGGUUUGUCUGUUUUAUUUUUUGUAAUUGGUUCUUUUUGUUUCUUUCUAAUUAAUAUCCUAUGAAUGGAGGAUAUAUAUCAGCAUUGUUAUAUUCCUAUAUGAUGUAUUCAUAUCAAACUAUUUGUUGUUUUGGUUGUACUGUGUGCCUUACUGAUCUAUCCACUGACCAAUUAUUGAA